UCUCGAUGCCGACAGAUUUGAGACCGAUGAGAUGGAUAUAUUCCACCAAGGCGAGGUCUUGCGCAGGAGAAAAAGGAAAGCCACUCGGUUAGCCUGGAUUAUAGCUAUAACUGGCAUCUCCCUCUGCACACUGUUUCUGAGUCUGCAUGGAGUGGUGUUGGCGUCGAUGUUUGUGAACCACAAAAAGGCGCCCGAGCACAACACAACCCCGGAAGAGUGCUGUGCUAUUUAUAACUACACCACUCAGACCGUGGUGAAUACAG